AUGGCGCAAAAGGAAGCAACCGUAUACGUGCUUGAUCUGGGACGGUCAAUGGGCGAGAAACGCCAUGGACGAAGCAAGAGCAACCUUGACUGGGCGAUGGAGUAUAUCUGGGAUAAGAUCACGACUACAGUUGCCACUGGUCGCAAGACGUCGCUGGUUGGAGUCGUGGGUUAUCGAACUGAUGUCACGGAGCUUGAUGGCGUACUAGAGGAUUCAGAUGGAUAUGACAAUAUCCACGUCUUCUCACGGCCCAAACAAUUCCUCUUGUCAGACAUUCGAGAGCUACAAGACAAUAUAAAGCCUAGUUCCACCAACGAAGGUGAUGAGCCAGUCCUUGGAGCCCUAGCAGUAGCUAUUCAUAUGAUCGACAAGGCAACAGAGGGUAAAACCAAAAAGCCUUUGAAGUUUGACCGAAGAAUUGUGAUCAUUUCAGACGGUUACGGCGAACUCGAUACCAGCGAUCUGGACGGAUACGUAUCGAAGAUGAACCAAGAGGAUGCGAAGUAUGAUUUAACACUUCUCGGAGUUGAUUUUGACGACCCUGACUACGGAUAUAAAGAGGAAGACAAAGACUCAGUCAAGGAGGAGAACGAAACUAUUCUCAAGGACCUGGUCAACAAUUGUGCCGGAAACUUUGGCACGCUUGCUGUGGCCAUAGACCAGCUGGAUAUCCCAAGGACCAAGGACACCCGUGCGGUGCCUAGCUACAAAGGUACUCUUACCCUGGGUGAUAUUCGGAAUUAUGAGGCUACUCUGACCAUGGAUAUCGAGCGCUAUCCAUGCACUAUGAUCGCCAAACCGCCAACUGCAAGCUCCUUCGUCGUUAGGGCAGGAUUGGAUGAUCAGGCCGGGGCAGGGCCGAGCACCCAAUCGACUGCCACAGCUGCUGGAGAUGCAUCUGGAGAUGCACAACUACCCGGUGGCGAUCUCUCAGCGGUAAGGAAUCAACGCGUCUACAAGGUUGAGAACCCUGAAGAGCCUGGGGAGAAAAUGAAUGUUGAACCCGACGAACUGGAACGAGGCUUCGAAUAUGGAAGGACCGCUGUCCAUAUCAGCGAAUCAGACAUGAAUGUCGUCAAGCUCGAGACGGAUCCAAGCUUUGAGCUACUUGGAUUUGUACCCGAGGAGAAGUUUGAACGUUAUCUUCCCAUGUCUCGAACUAACUUCAUUGUUCCUCAAAAGGCAAAUGACCAGGCCCAACUUGCACUUUCGUCUUUCGUGCAUGCCCUCUACGAAGCUGGGUGUUAUGCAGUAGCACGUCUCGUGACCAAGCAGUAUAAACCACCAAUCCUCGUCUUGCUUGUCCCACACAUCAAAGGUGAUUUCGAGGCACUGAUUGACGUUGAGCUUCCCUUCGAAGAAGACAUACGCCGCUACAAAUUUCCACCAUUGGAUAGAAAGCUCACCGUAUCGGGAAAAGUCAUUGCAGAACAUAGGGACAUACCAAAUGACCGCCUCAUGCAAUCGAUGAGUGAUUAUGUGGAUGCUAUGGAUCUAUCGACGUUCGAUCUCGACGAUGAAGGCGAACCAGACGAAUACAUGAAGUUCGAAGACACGUACUCGCCUCUGCUACAUCGAAUCAAUCACAUCAUUCGCUGGCGUGCUACCAAUAACACGUACGAUAAACUCCCAGACCCGCCACGCAUACUGACCAAAUACUCGGUCCCACCCAUAGAUCUCAUCGCGCAGGCACAAACGCAUCUCGACGCUCUAAAAGAGGCGGCAGACGUCAAAAAAGUCCCUCCGAAGGUGAAGGGUCGAGGGAAACGGUCGCUCCGAGACAGAGAGAAGCCAUUGAGCGGCUUAGACGUGGAUGAGCUCUUGGGAAAUCCCAAACGAGUGAAGAUCGAUUCUCAAAAUCUCAUUCCAUCAUUCAAACAGGCUCUUGCUGCGACAGAUGAUCUAGACGCAAUCCAGUCUGCUGCGGACGACAUGAGCAAGAAUAUUAAAUCCUUGAUACGUAGUUCUGUCGGCGAGUCGGGAUAUGGUCGAGCAUUGGAGGCGAUACGUGUGAUGAGGGAAGAAAUCACCGAGCUUGAGGAACCCGAAAUCUACAAUGCAUUUAUUCGGGGAUUGAAGAUAGACAUCCUCAAUGGCAGUUUACAAGGUGACAGGCGCGAAAUGUGGUGGCGGAUACGCGGGUCAAAGUACGGACUUAUCGACCGAAAAAGGAGUUUUGCGUCCGAUGUCACUGAAGAAGAGGCUGCGGAGUUUUAUAAACGCUCAUGAGUGCGGCGCCCUUUUGGCACGCUACUAAACUGGCUGCCAACCUCAUUCUUCAUCAUGUUCGACAGGGUGAGGAAAUCAGGAACAUUGCCAGAAAGGCUCACAUAACGAUUGUGAUAUGCAAUAAUGGGCGAGGCAUACCACCCAUACAUAGGCCAAGCAUACUAAAACAACCUCCUUCUAAUUGUAGGUGUAGUUCUACGUGAUGCUGGAAAUGAGAAGAACAUGCUGCGGCAAAGCCGACGAUUAGAGCCCACUUUUCCGUGUGGCUUUCAGUCUUUUGUAACCGGGUAUUGGUAUUGCGACAUCAGAGUACUCAACCAAGGCUCAAAAUGCAAUGGAAAGAAACUUGUG